GCGGCAUCCACCCGCUUCCCACCGUAAAACCACCAACCAGCCCACCCGCGGCUACCGCUAUAUCCUCAUUUAUUAUUACUAUUAUGACCAUUGUGGGUAACCUACCUGUCUAGUGUUUACCUACGAUAAAUUUUCCGUCUUCUCUUGUUGAAAAGUGAAAACUAAAAUAGUUUACGGCGACGGUAGUCGGUAAUGCAAAUCGUUUCGAUUUUACACGCCCGACUGGGUUAACACUACGGACUACGUUUAUUUUAUUCUUUAAAAUGUAAAUGAUUUUUCGAAAAAAAUCCAAUUUAUUUCAUACACGGAUCCCGUUGGUUAACCAUUUCGUUUUUCCUAUGAGCCGUCAUUAGGAAUAACUCACGUCUGUAGGUAAUCUAAUAACGCUUGAACUGAGACUUGAGAGUAAUUACUAUCUAUGUUAAAAAAAUAUGCUUGCCUAUGCAGAAAUGUCAAAAAUGGACACAUGUGGCAUUCAACAAAUCACACUUGGAUCAAAUAUUAUUGUCGAUGAUUUAUUUUUUAAUGAAACAAACAUUAAAUUAAAUAGUACUAAGAACGAAGUGAUACUAUCAGAUUCAUAUAGUGAUCAAAAAUAUAUUCCGAAUGACAUUCAUAAUAAAUUGAAAAAAGAUAAUCUAGAUGUUAGUAAUGAUAAAUCAAAGAAACUUAAACUUAAAUGUAAAAAAGGUCAACAAAUAUCUUUAAAUAAACUAAACCUUAAUACUCACCUCGAAAUUAAACCGCCUAUAAAACAGUCCUAUACAUGUACUAUUUGUAAAAAAUUAUUUCAAUACAAAUACAGAUAUGAUGCUCAUAUUCAAAGUCACAAUGUUGAAAAACAAAAAUAUAAGUGUAAAAUUUGUGAUAAAUCUUUCACACGUAAAUAUCACAUUAGCAUACAUAAUAGAACACAUACAGGUGAAAAACCAUAUAAAUGUGAACUAUGUGAAAAAUUAUUUUCAAUGAAACAUCAUCUCCUGUCUCACAUUAGAACUCAUACAGGUGAAAAGCCUUACACUUGUGACAUGUGCAAUGAAUCAUUUACCCGCAAAGAUAUUCUAAGCAAGCAUGUUAGAACUCACUUAGGUGAACAACUUUCAACAUGUAUAAAAUGUCAAAAACAAUUUUCUAUGAAAACAUAUACUGGAGAAAAACAGUACUUCUGUCAUUUGUGUCAACAAUUCGAGCCUCAAUCAAAUAUUUUAAAUAACAUUAACACUAAUCUUAAUCAUGACUUUGGCUUAGAAUUGCUUAACAAUGACAAAUGUAUUGAAACAACAGACUUUGUUGACAUAAAAUAUGAAAACAACAUAGAAAGUAGUGACGAGUCAAAGUCGGCAUCAAACAUGUUAACAUAUCAACCCUACGAUGAAAUGCUGAAUAACACUAAAGAAUUUCAGUCUGAUGUAAAAUGCCUCGAAACAUUCUGUAGUGUAGAAUUUAAAGAAAAGCCAUAUAAAUGUCAUAUGUGUCAACAAUUGUUUUCUAAUAAACAAAAUCUUGAUUCUCACAUCAGAAGCCACACUACAAAACAACCUUAUACAUGUACAAUUUGUAAGAAAUCGUUUUUCUAUAAGUACCGUUUUGAUGCUCACAUAACUAACCAUAAAAUGGACAAAUAUAAAUGUAAAAUUUGUGAGAAAUCUUUUACUCGAAAAUACCAUUUUGAUACUCAUUAUAGAAUACACACUGGUGAAAAACCUUUUAAAUGUGAAAUAUGUCUGAAAUUAUUCUCGUUAAAACAUCAUCUUAUAUCCCACAUUAGAACUCACACUGGCGAGAAACCGUUUAAUUGUGAACUUUGUAAUGAAUCAUUUCGCCGUAAAGAUAUACUUAGUAAUCAUAUUAGAAUUCAUACUGGAGAAAAACAAUUUGUUUGUGAUUAUUGUGAAAAACAAUUCUCUAUGAAACAAUAUCUUAUUAGACAUAUGAGAACGCACACUGGAGAAAAACCAUUUAUUUGUCAUGUGUGUCAAAAAAGAUUUUCGCAACGAUCUGGCCUUGAUUGUCAUAUAAGAAUCCACACUGGAGAGAAACCGUUUCAAUGUAAGGUGUGUAAGAAAUUAUUUUCUAGAAGAGACAAUUUAACAAUACAUAUGUCAACUCAUAAUAUUGAUAUAGAAGUUGGAAAUCAAUGAUGACAGUUGAAUUAAAACAUUUUCUUAUUAAAAAGGGUGUAUUGCAGUGAUGUAUCAAUUAAAAAACCCAAUUUUUAAUGUGUACAUUUUUACACGUUUUAAUAACUCACUAUUCUAGUCCUAACUGCCUCAACCAAGAAAAAUAUAAACCUGGAAUGUGUAUCAAAGAAAUCCUGUUUACAUUAUUUUAAAAUUUAUUGAUUUAUAUAAUUGUUAUGUAGUUAUAAUUCAAAUUGUA